AUGGCACCCAAACGAUCUAAACGGCCGGGUCUACUUUCCAAGGGUCGACCGCCUACUGCCAACUCCACCAAACAUGCAGCUCUUUCUUCCAAAGCUACACGUACACUUAUCCGCUCACACCACCAGCUCCUUAAGGCACGGACUCAGGCUUCACAGGCAGGUGACAAAGCCCGAGUGUGCAGCAUUGAUGCCCAAAUUCAAGCCAAUGGCGGAUUGGAAAGUUAUCAGAUCGCCAGCAAACUAGGCCAAUCGCUAGACCGUGGUGGUGAUUCCAGCAAAAAUCUUAUUGAUUGGAUCAAGCCGCAGCUUAGCCAGUGGAAGGCAUCUCUUCCGAAGCUGCGAGUUCUCGAGGUUGGAGCACUCAGCACAAAGAAUGCCUGCUCCCGAACCCCAGCCUUGGACGUUACGCGGAUCGAUUUGAAUUCUCAGGAACCAGGGAUUCUGCAGCAAGAUUUCAUGGAAAGACCAUUGCCAGCUUCUGAGGAUGAACGUUUCAAUCUAAUCAGUCUAUCCUUGGUGCUGAACUAUGUGCCGGACGCCACAGGCCGGGGCGAUAUGUUAAAGCGCUGUGUCCAAUUCUUAACAUCUGAAUCUUCAAUUCAAUUCACUCCUACUCUAUUUCUCGUCCUGCCUUUGCCAUGUGUCAAUAACUCGCGCUAUUUGACAGAAGAAAGGCUACUUGAAAUCAUGGCUAGCCUGGGUUUCCGUCUUGUGGAAAGCCGGAAAACCAACAAAUUGAUAUAUCAACUGUGGAACCAUACGGGCGUUUCCGAGCCCAGAUCUUUUAAGAAAGAGAUGCUCAACCCCGGGCAUACAAGGAACAACUUUGCUGUCAUUCUGCGUGGUAGCUGA